GUCCUUGCUCCACCUCACCCCUAUAAAGCCCUAACCUCAUCUAUCUUUUCUCAAAACGCAGUGUUUUCUGCUCAUAAAAUUCCAAACCCUCUCUCUUCUUCCACUGCUGUAGAUUCGUCGCUCCAUGAUUACGCAUUUCCACCAUUCUCUCAGGAACGGAUCGUGAAACUCUGAAUUAGGAAGUUAUUGGAAUUUGCAAAGUAGAAAUGGACGAUGCUUUUGAUGAUGAAGGUGGGCCGUCUGUUACGAUCGGCGAGUACCUCGAAGAAGUUGAGGAACGGGAGCUGGAAGCUGAUUUAGUCUUAGGGGGGGAUGAUGGAAAGGAGUGUACCUAUAGCAAAGGGUAUAUGAAAAGGCAGGCAAUUUUCUCUUGCAUCACCUGCACUCCAGAUGGGAAUGCUGGAGUUUGCACUGCUUGCUCGUUGUCUUGCCACGAUGGUCAUCAGAUUGUGGAACUAUGGACCAAAAGAAACUUCAAGUGUGAUUGUGGUAACUCAAAGUUUGGUGAAUUCUACUGCAAGAUUUUCCCAAGUAAAGAUGUUGAGAAUGUUGAGAAUUCGUACAAUCACAACUUUAAAGGUUUGUAUUGCACAUGUGCCCGUCCUUAUCCAGAUCCAGAUGCUGAAGAACAAAUUGAGAUGAUACAGUGUUGUUUGUGUGAGGAUUGGUUUCAUGAGGAGCAUCUUGGUCUCGAGUCUCUUGAUGAGAUUCCUAGAGAUGAUGAAGGUGAGCCGCUUUAUGAGGAUUUCAUAUGUAAGGCAUGCUCUGAAGUAUGUUUCUUUCUGAAAUUAUAUCCUGAAGUAAUAUUGGUGGCUGAAAAGCAGCCAAAUGCUGCUGUUCAAGCAAGCAAGGACAAAGGUAUUUUGGAAAAUGAGUCUUCAACUUGUGGGUCUGAAAAGCCACAGGGCGAACAUUCAAAUAAUUCCCCUAAAAUAGAUGAGGCACAAGCUUCUGUUAAUUCUGAAGCUGUAUCUGAUGGGAAGGGUCUACCUCAGGGAGGAAGUUGUAAUGGCAAUAUUGCUUUAAGUAAAUGCACCGAAGGUACUAAUUUGCAUGUUAAUUGUCUCCUUGGUGUGAACAUCAUUGCUACUUCCCCAGUUAAACAUGAUAAAGCAAUGUUUCUUUCGAAAAAUUGGAGAGAUGCUCUAUGCAAAUGCAACAAUUGUUUGGAAUAUUACCAGCAGAAGCAAAUUGCUUUUCUUCUUGACAAGGAUGACUCAAUUGUGGAAUAUGAGAAAAUGGCCAAGCAAAAAAGAGAACAAAAGUUGCAGGAACUGGAGGGUGCCGAGUUAAGUUUUUUUAAUAAACUCGGGCACGUAGAGAAGGUCGAGAUCUUGAAGGGCAUUGAAGAGAUGAAGGAUGGGCUUCGUUCUUUCCUGGAAUCCGCAGACUCCUCCAAGCCAGUUACUGCUGCUGAUGUCCAUCAGUUUUUCGACGACAUUAAGAAUAAGCGCCGCCGUACAGAGUGAAUUAGUCUUGGUAGUUUAACGGCGUGUUGGCCCUAGUUUGUAAACUGUUGAGUUUAUUUGUGUAAUUUGAUGUUCACAAAUGCAAUGCUCUACUUGUAUUAACUCUUAGACUCUGUUUGUGCUUCGGCUUCUAUAAAGCUAACUUAAAUGACUUCUUAAA